GGAAAUAUUUGUGAUAAGGUGUAUUUGUAUCUAUCGAGUUGUGAUAAGACGUUGUUAAUAUUGAUAACCUGCUACAGUACUGACAUGAUUGCUACACUGUUUUUACAUGUAGAAUGUAGAGUGAAAGAGUUUGGUAUUUUGUGAGGUGAAUCUCAAAAGUGGUUCAAAAUGGCUGAUAAAGUCCGCUUAGCGGAUUUAAUCUGGCUAAAGCCAGAAGGGAAGUCGGAAUUCGACAUCCCAGUGGCAGUGAAAGUGCUAAACAGUUCAGGUAACUUGAUACAAGUCCAAGAUGAUGACGGGAAGGUAUACUCUACAUCGAUACAAAAUGUGAUCAAACCGCUUCACGUUACCUCCAUUAAUGGAGUGGAAGACAUGAUCACGUUGGGAGAACUGCAGGAGUACACUAUCCUGCGAAAUCUUCACAUACGAUACCUCAAGCAGUUGAUUUACACAUACACAGGCUCCAUGUUGAUUGCGAUUAAUCCCUACGAAAUACUACCCAUUUACACCAUGGACCAAAUACAUUUCUAUCAAGAUAAAAAUGUGUCGGAUAUGCCGCCUCACAUAUUCGCUAUCGGAGAAAGUUCGUACAGGGAAUUGAUGGACACAACUUCCAACCAGUGCAUAGUCAUCAGUGGCGAAAGUGGUGCUGGAAAAACAGAAAGCACCAAGUUGCUUCUUCAAUACCUGGCAGCGGCAAGCGGCAAACAUUCAUGGAUUGAACAACAAAUUCAGGAAACAAAUCCAGUCUUGGAAGCGUUCGGCAACGCUAAGACUGUGAGGAACGACAAUUCGUCCAGAUUCGGAAAGUACAUCAACAUUUACUUUAGUAAAAAAGGAGUUAUAGAGGGAGGAAACAUAGAACAAUAUCUUCUGGAGAAAUCCCGUAUUGUUUUCCAAAACAAAGGAGAAAGGAACUAUCACAUUUUCUACUCGGUGGUCGCUGGCUUAUCAGCUGAGGAAAAAAGGAAGCUGGAGUUAACACACCCAGCUGACUACGCUUAUCUAAACUCGGGCAACAUGCUCACAUGCGAUGGAAGAAAUGAUGGUUUAGAGUUUGCCGAUAUACGAUCGGCUUUCAAGGUUCUCAAUUUCUCCGACAAUGACGUCUGGGGGAUAUUCAGUCUUCUGGCAGCAAUUCUGCAUUUAGGAAACCUAAAAUUCAAGUCGUACAAUUUCAAUAACAUCGAAUCUUCUGAAGUGGCCGACGCCACCAACGCUAACAGAAUAGCAAAUCUGUUGGGGGUUAACAAAACAAAGUUUUGUGAGGCUUUGACUAGAAAAACUUUAGUUGUACAAGGGGACAAGGUCGUCUCCACAAUCACUCCGGCAGCAGCUGUCGAAGGGAGAGAUGCUCUUGUCAAAGCGAUUUAUGGGCACAUAUUCGAAUACAUCGUUGAGAUGAUCAACAAAACUUUGUACAAAGACCAACAUCUCUCCAGUGGUUCUGUUGGAAUAUUGGAUAUAUUUGGAUUUGAAAAUUUCGACAGCAAUAGUUUCGAGCAGUUGUGUAUUAAUUAUGCAAAUGAGAACUUGCAGCAGUUCUUCGUGAGACAUAUUUUCAAGCUUGAGCAAGAGCAGUAUGAGAAGGAAGGUAUCACCUGGACCAAUAUAAAUUACAUAGACAACCAGGAAAACCUCGACGUAAUAGGAUUGAAACCGAUGAACCUUCUGUCACUUAUUGACGAAGAGUCGAAGUUCCCUAAAGGCACUGACAUAACAUUAUUGUCGAAAUUGCACAACAACCACUCAAACAAGGGUUGUUACAUCACACCGAAGUCUACCCACGAGCACCGGUUCGGUGUGAAACACUUUGCUGGGGACGUAUUUUACGAAGUUAAAGGUUUCCUUGACAAAAACAGAGACAUGUUAACAGUCGACGUCAAGGAAAUGAUUAUGGAAUCCAGCAACGGAUUUUUGAAAGAUUUGUUUUCGACUGAAGCAGCUCCGUCACCGAGUGGAACUAGGAAAACUGUUUCAUUGAGUCACCAGUUCAAGACCUCUUUAGAGGCUCUUAUGAAAACUUUGUAUGCGAGACAUCCCUUCUUUGUGCGAUGUAUUAAGCCCAAUGAGUUCAAAAAACCUAAGCUUCUAGACCGCGCCUUAUGUGUGCGUCAAUUGCGUUACGCCGGUUUAAUGGAAACAGCAAAAAUUCGACAGGCUGGAUAUCCAAUACGUUACUCGUAUGCCGAGUUUGUAUAUCGGUAUCGGCUUGUGGUACCAGACAUUCCUCCAGCAGAGAAGACAGAUUGCAAAGAAGCUACGAAGAAAAUCUGUACACGAGUUUUAAAGGAUCAAGAAUUCCGCCUCGGACACACAAAAGUAUUCUUGAAAGACACUCAUGACGCCAUCCUGGAGGAGCUCCGACAUAAAGUGCUCAUAACAGCCGUAAUCAAAGUACAAGCGAAUGCGCGAAGGUUUAUUUUGCGGAGGAGGUUCUUGAGAAUGAGAGCUGCUGCAAUUACAGUACAGAAACAUUACCGCGCGCGUGGCUUCAGAAACAGAUACCUGGUCAUGAGGAGAGGUUACCUGCGCUUACAAGCAGUCAUCCGAUCUAGAGAGUUGAAAAAAACAUUUGUGAAUUUGAGAAUUUUCUUCAGAAAAUUUCAAGCUCAGUGCAAAGGUUACCUAGUCAGGAAGUUAAUAAAAGAGAAAGGUCACAUUAUGAAAGCAAAAUUUGCUCAAUUCAAAAAGGAGAGAGAAGAGCUUUUGCGUUCGGGUGAAGAUCUUAAAGCUGUGGAAGAGAAUUAUGAGAAGCAAGUAACUGAACUGAUGAGGUCUAUAUGGAUCGUUAAAGAGGCAGUAGCGCCACCAAAUAACGAACAGAACAUAUCUGUUAUAGACGACCGAUACGUGGACGACGUUUUUGGAUUCCUAAAAGACACUGCGACGCCGGCUGGCACGGUACGCGGAACAGGUUUCGGAGUGACUACAACCGCGAAACCUCAGUUGUCUUCCGUAAUACCAAUACCACAAGACGCAGAAGAAGAAACUUUCGACGAAUAUAACUUCAGGAAAUUCGCUGCAACCUAUUUCCUUGGCAACACAAGUCACCAAUAUUCGAGGAAACCUUUAAAACAGUCCCUGUUGGAACUACCCUCUUUCAUGGAUACUGUUGCAGCUCAGGCUUUGUGGAUCACUAUAUUAAGGUUCAUGGGAGAUAUGGCAGAACCUAAAUAUGUGGAUGAUAAGAUUGACAAUGUACCUGUUAUGACCAAACUGACUGAUACUGUCGGUCGCGCUUUCCAGAAGAGUAAGGAAUUUGAGGAACUUUUAGCAAACAACAACAAUUACCAGGGCAGUAAGCAGAAAAUGAUACAGAAGACCUUGAAACGUCAAACAAAGUUAAACGAAGAACUAGUGAGAAACCUCGUGAAUGAUGAAACGACAAAUGAAAUGUACAACAGUUGGCUUAAUGAAAGACGAAGCACUAAUUUGGAAAAGCUUCAUUUCAUAAUUGGACAUGGAUUGAUAAGGAAAGAGCUACGAGACGAAAUCUUCUGCCAGUUGUGUAAGCAGCUUACUAACAAUCCUUCAAAGGCAUCACAUGCACGUGGUUGGAUAUUGCUAUCUCUCUGUGUUGGGUGUUUCCCUCCUUCAGAAAGAUUUGUGAAAUACUUGCGCGCGUUCCUGCGCAGUGGCCCACCAGGAUAUGCUCCAUAUUGUGAAGGUAGACUUGUCAGGACUUUCAAAAAUGGUCCAAGAACUCAACCACCCAGCUGGUUAGAACUACAAGCCACAAAAACUAAAAAGCCCGUCCUCUUAACCGUCACAUUAAUGGAUGAAUCAAUGAAAACUAUACAAUCAGACUCAGCAACUACUGCCGAAGAAAUAUGCCAACAGAUUGCAGAUAGUAUCAGUUUGACCGAUAUGUUUGGAUUUUCACUGUACAUAACUCUAUACGAUAAAGUUCUUUCGCUGGGGAGUGAUGGAGAACAUAUUAUGGAUGCAAUUUCACAAUGCGAACAAUUUGCUAAGGAACAAGGCACUCCAGAGAAAAGUGCUCCGUGGAGAUUGUUCUAUCGUAAAGAAGUGUUUACUCCGUGGCAUAAUCCAACUGAAGAUAAUGUGGCGACCAAUUUAAUAUAUCACCAGGUUGCAAAGGGAGUGAAAUUCGGCGAGUAUCGAUGUGACGCAGAAAGGGACUUGGCUAUGAUUGCAGCUCAACAACACUAUAUCGAAUAUGGCCCACGUCUUGAACCCAAUGUAUUGCGAAAGGUAAUCGUAAACUAUAUACCAAAUCAAUUCAUUCAAUCAAAUGACGCUGCUCUAACGAAGUGGGAGCAUCUAGUGACAAAGGCGUUUGAAAAGUCUUCAAGUAUACAGUCAAAAGUGGACCCCAUGAGGUGUAAAGAGGAUAUUGUCAUAUUUGCAAAACUAAAGUGGCCUAUGCUGUUUUCAAAAUUCUUUGAAGCGAUGAAAAUUAAAGGUGAUACUAUAAAUAAAGACCUUAUCAUAAUCGCUGUGAACUGGACUGGAAUAUAUUUUGUGGACCAACUAGAGCACAUUCUACUUGAAAUGUCAUUCGCUGAAGUAACUUACGUCGCAUACAGUGAAGAUGAAGAAUUUGAUAACGUCGGUAGAAUAACUAUUAGAACAAUACAACAGGAGGAGUUUGUGUUCCAAAGUGUAGACGCUCGUGAAAUGACUUCGCUGGUCAUAUACCUCAUUGAUGGACUGAAAAGGCGAUCAAUUUACGUUGUGGCCCAGAUGGAUUCACAAGGGUAUAGUGACGCUUCAUCUUUCUUGCAAUAUAAAAAAGGCGAUCUUAUUACCCUCUUACAAGAUUGCACGGGUGAAACCCUACUGAACUCUACAUGGGGUCAUGGCCAAUGUAACGGGCAAGAAGGACUAUUCCCCACAGAGCAGGUAUACAUUCUGCCAACUAUGACUGUACCAUCAAGUGCUAUUCUGGAAAGCUUCAAGAAAAGUAAUAUUAGUAAUGACAAGAAAAACAAUUCAAAAUACAACACUAUUCAGAGAAAACGAAUGUACACGUUGGAGAAAUUCGCAAAAGAAUUCUUCAGGGACAAAGAUUACGAUAUGAACUCUUCUGUAUCAAGGAAGUCCACUUUAGUCACAGCAAAAAAAUCUGUAUCAGGAGAUCUGUGGGCUCACACUCGUGAUCCGAUCCGUAAACCGUUACUAAAAAAACUUCAAGGUGACGAGAAACUUGGUAAGAACGCGGUCGCUGCAUUCUUCGCAAUCCUGAAAUACAUGGGAGAUAUGCCAGCACCAAAGGCAAGAUCAGUAACAGAAUAUACGGACGAGAUAUUUAGAGCUGCUGUAACUGAGCCCACUUUGCGAGACGAAAUAUAUUGUCAGAUCAUGAAACAACUGACGAAUAACAGAAUACAACUCAGCGAGGAAAGAGGCUGGGAACUGAUGUGGUUGGCGACCGGCGUGUUUGCUUGUGGUCAGUUACUGAUGAAGGAAUUAGUAGAAUUCCUUAAGACACGGCCUCAUCCCAUCGCUAAAGAAUGCUUGAAGCGCGUCUUUAGGAUACAGAAGAGCGGCUCAAGAAUAUACGCUCCCUAUGUCGUUGAAGUGGAAGCUAUACAGCACAGAAGUAUGCAGAUUUAUCACAAGGUAUACUUCCCUGACGACACCGAUGAAGCGUUUGAAGUUGAGUCGUCUACUAAAGCAAGGGACCUAUGUGAGCAAAUAACUGGCAGAUUGAAUUUGAAGAACAGUGACGGUUUCAGCUUGUUCGUAAAGAUUGCUGACAAAGUAUUCUCCGUCCCUGAAACGUACUACUUCUUCGAUUUCAUUCACGAACUUGUAGAAUGGAUGAAACAAACGCGACCGUUACGUGGAGCUGGCAGCCAAUUGCAAAUGAACUACCAAAUAUUCUUCAUGAAGAAACUUUGGAUAAACGCCGUUCCCGGUAGAGACAAGAAUGCGGACCAAAUAUUUUAUUUCCCCCAGGAGUUGCCAAAAUACUUACGUGGUUACCACAAGACGUCCAAGCAAGAUCUAAUCGAAUUAGCCGCUCUUAUUUACAGAGCAAGAUUUGGCAAUAAUCAAUCUUUACUGCCUGAAAUUCCACAAAUGCUUGAAGACUUCAUUCCUCCAGACAUGCUCAGAAUACAGUCAAAUUCUUUAUGGAAAUCGUCCAUCAGUGCAGCAUACAUGAAACACGGAAUUAUGACUGAAGAGGAAGCAAAGGAAAGAUUUUUGAAGAAAAUAUACGAACUACCGACAUUUGGUACUGCAUUCUUUGAAGUCAAGCAGACUUCUGAUCCUUCGUACCCAGAGAUGGUCGUUAUUGGGAUUAAUAAAAAUGGCGUUAGUGUGAUACACCCUCAGAGUAGAGACGUGUUAGUGACGCAUCCAUUCUCUCAAUUGUCGAACUGGUCGUCAGGCAAUACAUUCUUCCAUAUGACCAUGGGCAAUGUACUGCGAGGCACGAAGAUCCUCUGUGAAACCUCUCUGGGAUACAAAAUGGACGAUCUCAUAUCUUCCUACAUUGCAGUACUUCGGCAAAACAUGAGAGAGAAAUCGCGACAAGAGAGAUUAUAAGUUUUAGUCCUUGUGUAUAUUUGGAUAUAAUUAGCAAAAUUAAAACAGCAUGAAUAAUAUUGAUUUGUAUAGGUAUACUUGAAACUAAAUAGUUUAAAUCGAGCAAUAUAAAAUAAUUUAUAAAAAUCUUUAGUUUAAAUCGAGCAAUAAAAAAUAAUUUAUAAAAAUCUUUAAUUAUUAUAAGAUACUUAAGUAAGUAAAUCGAGUCUGUUUAUGAUGUAUGAAGAUUUAAUUAAUAUAGGUAUUACGGGUAGGUGGCUGCAGAGAGGAUCCAAUCAAUAUGUAACUUGUAGGUACUACAUUUAUCACAGCUACCGAGACAAUAUGUUACCAGUUAGGACAGAAAGACGGACAGUAGUUACUACAAGCUACCCUACGGAUUGAAGAAGAAUCGGAGUAGGUUGCAAGAAAUACCCUUAACCUUAUGGCUUAGCCCAACCUUUAGCAAUGUGGUAAAGUGAGUGUAUGUACCCGUUUUUGUGGCUUUGCCCACUUUGUUAAAGAUACUAAAAAGCGUAAAAUUUAUAUGAAUUUAGAAUAGGUACUCUGUAACGAAUAAAGUUGUAUUGGGCUGGUUUUCUCUUCGUGGGUUGGAAGGUCAGACAGGUAGUCGCUUCUGUAAAAAAACAUGACCUGCCAAAUCUUCAGGUUAGGUAAGCGGAUCCUGUGAAAAGCGGAAUAAUGCUAGAGAGAUGAUGAUGACUCUGUAACGAAUAAACCUUACGCUACAUACCGCAAUGGACCAAAUAAUAAAUAGAACAAACCUAUAACAUUUCGUCUUGAAUUCCCGCCAGAAAUAUAAAAGUUAAGCGUGACUGGAUGUGUAUCCGAGUUCUUAGUGAAUUGUUGUUGGAACUUAUAAUAAUAAAAAAAAUGGAAUUGA